ACGAUAACUCAAAAAGCCCGUCGCGUGUGUGUGUGUGUCUCACCACCGCUUGACAACCGGUGUUGGUUUGUUUAUGUCCCUGUAACUUAACGCCAAAAAAAGUACUGAGAUCGAUUCGUUCGACUAAAAUCUUUUCCAGGCAGUGCCCUAACAUGGGGGCAGUCUAAUGACUGAAACAAGAUUAAGAAAAGAUAUAACCGGGAUCUACAUCAUCCGGAAAGGUAUUCGAAGAAAAUUGCAUUUUUUUUUUCUUUUCUUUUUUCUCACAAGUUGUGAAGAAACAAAGCCGGGAUGGGGGACUCACUUGUGUAGAAAUGCGAGUAUAAAUAGGUUUAACAAGAGCAACAUCAAGGACCCGGGUCUAAGUUCACAGCAAGUUUAUUAAUGAAGAAAUUGAAGGACCGAUCGGAUAUGACCUUUGUGAAAAGCGGUGACUUCCGGUGGGUCACUGUUGUAAAGUUAAUUGUAAAUUAUUGUAGGCGAUGUUAAACCGGUGUAGCUUUGUUAAGUUGUCAGUUGAAAACAUAUACACCCAUAGAUAUUGGCAACAACAACGAAGCGAGUUGGAAAUCCGGAACUUGCGACUUUUACCAAUGUCAUAGAUAUAAUUUAAAACCAGUUACCAUGGAUGAAGACCGCAUGUACCAGGUACUAAAUGAUGUCUUCAAACAUAAACAAUUUAAGUCUGACCUACAGAGGAAAGCUAUUGAGACUAUCAUUAAAGGAAAACAAGAUGUUUUCAUUUCUAUGCCCACAGGAUCUGGCAAAUCACUAUGUUUCCAGUUACCUGGUAUGUACAAACCUGGGAUUUCUGUGGUGGUUUCUCCACUGCUGGCUCUCAUCGAAGACCAAAUUGACCAUUUACGCAACCUUGGAAUCCGUGCAGUUACUAUCAACUCCAAACAAACCAUGACCGAGAGAAACCGAAUCACAACUGACCUUAACCGACCAAAGCCAAAAGCCCGUUUCCUCUACAUCACUCCUGAGCAAGCUUCCACUGCAUUUCUGCAACAACAUCUCUACAGCCUCAACCAUGCCAACCUCUUGAACUAUUUCAUUAUUGAUGAAGCCCAUUGUGUAUCACAGUGGGGUCAUGACUUUCGUCCAGAUUACCUUAAACUUGGCCAGUUAAGGGCCAAUAAAAUUCCUAAUGUUCCCUGCAUUGCACUAACUGCUACUGCAACUGCGCAAGUAACAAAGGACAUUGUAAAAUCUCUGGCGCUUCGCAAACCUUAUGCGUCUUUCAAAACUAGUUGUUUCCGCCCAAAUUUGUUCUAUGAAGUAAGAAUGAAAGAAACCUUGGAUGAUCCUUUCAAAGAUAUCCUGGAUUAUGUAUGUACAAAGUUUGGUGAACCACCUGACAACAACAUCUGGAAUGAGAAUGGUGCUGGCAUUAUAUAUUGCCGUACUAGAGACACGUGUGAUGAACUAGCUGUUCGAUUUCAAAAGAGUGGAAUACCUACGAAAGCUUAUCAUGCUGGACUACGAGAGGUUGACCGAUUGCAGAUCCAAGUUGACUGGAUGGAAGGCCGCAUCCCAUUGAUUACAGCUACCAUCAGUUUUGGCAUGGGUAUUGAUAAACACAAUGUCCGUUUUGUUGUUCACUGGACCUUACCAAAGACUAUGUCUGGUUAUUACCAAGAGUCUGGCCGAGCUGGUCGUGAUGGCCAGCCUUCUUAUUGCUGUCUGUAUUACUCUCGCCGUGACCGAGAUGCUAUAUCUUUCCUCCUGAAGCAGGAAGCGACUAGGAGGAAUGCUCGCAACCAAGAAAAUUGCAUGAGAAAAUCAGCAGAGACUAAUUUUGAGAUAAUGGUUAAGUACUGUGAACUACCACGUUGUCGGCACCGUGUGAUAGCAGAGUAUUUUGGUGAUGAGAAACCAAACUGCCAGAAGCAAUGCGAUUAUUGUAAAAACUCAAGAUAUGCUGACAAACAAGUACAGAACCUUUUGCAGGGUAGUUAUGGGAAGUGGUGCCGAAAUGAAUAUGGAAGUACGAGGAUGGUCAAAGAAUCAACAGAACCAGACGAAGAGCUUUAUGGUGGUGGACGGCUUGGUCAGCAGAAGGAUUUCAAAGAGUACUAUGGCGAAGAGAGUGGUGAAAAUUCCGACAAUGAGAAUGAAAAUAACAAAAAGCAAUGUAAGAAUUUUAUAUUGAAUGAAUUAAAAAAGCGUAAAACUGCUCCAUCUAUUGUACAUGAAGAGGAAGAUGAUACACCAGUUAUUCCUGCUGAUUGUCCACUCCGAGAUCCUUCAAAUGACAGAAUUCCACGACUAAACUUUCAAAUCCGGAUGUACUGUUUUGAGAAAUUGAAAUCUGCAUUGUGCAACAACUUUAAUAAAUAUUUUGCAGAUGUCCCUCAUAAAUUAAGGGAUGGAGAAUUUCAAGUUCCAAUUUGUUGUGCAGAUUUGGAAUUUGAGGUGUUCAAGGCCAGUAAGUUUGCAAAUCUUUACAAAGCAGCUAUUUUUAAAAAAGAAUUUGAGAUAAAGAAACUCACUGAAUGUAAAAACCUUCAUUCAAGCUUAAAACCCCUUUGGGCCCCGGACUCUAGUGGAAUCAGCUCAGAUGAAGAUAGAAAGGGCCCAGUUAAGAACAAGAAAACAUUAGCAAAGGACACAAGUAGUUCAGAUGAGCAGAAGCAUCGUAGUAGUACCCCAAGAAAAGAGAAAGAUAAACACACAGUAGAGACUACACAGAAUGAAUCGACAUCAUGUUUAACAGAUCAAAGUUCAGACGAAGAGAAAUCAGAUUCCUACUACAUAGCCUCUACUGAGGAUCAACAAGUGGAAGAGGAAAUUAGUGAAUUGGAAGAGGAAAAUAUGACUGAAUCACCUCUGCUAGUUGAUGAUCCUGAGUCAACUGGCCUUACCACUACAGAUGAAGAGGAAGAUGUAGAGGUUGAGCUAGCUCUUUUCACACCUCUUAAUUCAGUUCUAUGCCAGUCUUCAAAGCAGUUUUCUGAAUUCAAAAAAAUCUCUUCAAAGCAUUCAAAGAAAAAAGACAGUAAAAGUACCAAAUCUUCCAGUGCAGCAGAAAAUUUUAGUAAUUCAUUUCAAGAGGCUUUAAAUUCUCCGGAAAGUUAUAAAACUUCCAAGAAACCAAGUAAACAUAAACAUUCUUCCUCCCCUUCUAAAAAGUCACCUGAUUCUUCUAAAGCUAGUUCUUCUAAAACGUCUUCUAAAACCACAGCUAGAAUACUUAAGGAUGAAAAGAAAGAAAGUUCCAUCAAAAUACCUGAUAAGUUAUCAAACAGUAUUAUUUUGAUAUCUGAUGAGGAUGAAUAUACAGAAAGUGUUCCAGUUAAGAAACCUACAUCAUCCUUUGGUAAACAUGAGGAGCCUUUUCACAGAAAGUCAGAAAAACAUGUUCGAAAGUCAUCAACAAAAGCUAAGCAUGCUAAAAGAGUCGAGGAAUAUUUCAGUAGCACGGGUUUGACUUCUGAUGAAGACGAUAAGAUUACAGAGACAGUUCUUGUAAAAAGUCCUGUUCCAGUAUUUAAAAAAGAGGAUAAUUUUCAUGAAAAGCUUGAAAAAGCCACAAAAGUUUCAGAGUUACUAUCAAGAGUCAAAAAAGAUAAAAGAUUUGAUAAAGAUUUAAAUAGCUCAGGUCUGACAUCUGAUGAAGAUGAUAAAGCUGCUGAGAAGGUUCUGGGAAAUAGUCCUGAAUUAGUGAUCAAAAAAGAUUGUUUUAACAGGAAGUUAGCGGAAUCUGUGAGCCCCAUCAAAUCCCCAUCAAGAACAAAGAAGGAGAAAGGGUCAGAAAAACGUUCUAGCAGUGAGAAAAAGAGUAAGCACAAAAGAUUAUUGGAUGACAAUCUAACAAAAGAUUCUCAUAGUUCUAAGGUAAAGGAAAAUAAAACUGAUGUCAUGGAAACAGAAUUUGUCGCAUCAUCAUCACCAUCAUUAUCAUCACCAUCAUCUUAUAAAGUCAACAAACAUAAAAUUAAGGAAAAGGAUCCUCUAAAACAUAAACAUAAACGCCAGAAAACCGAAAGUAGCCAUUUCCAGAAUGUGGUUUCAUCCAUUGAAGAGCAAAUGUCCAGUAGUGAAGAGAAAAAAGGAAAAGAACUGGAAGUGAGUAUGAAACCAAAGGAGUUUCAUAAAAAAGUGAUAGUCUUUGAUCACCAAGGAACAUCAAAUGUCCCCAAAACUAAUUCUAAGCGAAAACAAAGUCGGUGGGAUGAACCAACUAAUGAAACAACAAACAAAACUGAUUCUGAAAACGUUAAUCAGAGAGAAAACGGAACUUUAUUUCCUGAUUCCACAACAACAGAAGCAGUAAUUGUUGAGAGAACUACUGUAAUUCCACCAGACGACGGGUGGAUGGAAGUGGUGAGAAAGAACAAAAAGUCAAGUGGGGCAAAAUUUGAAGGAAACCUAAGCAAUACAGAUUUAAGUCAUAAGGUAAUUGUGCAAGAGAAAGAAUGCAGUGCCAAAGUGCAGAAGAAUUUGUCUUGUAGCUCUAGCAAUAAUACAGGAAGUACUAUCCCUAACAGUCACGAGAUGAAAAAAGCUGCCAAUCUUAUUGUCCAUUAUUUAAAUCCUUACUAUAAAAAUGGCAAAUUUGCCUCACGAGAACUCUUUAAAAUGGUUGCCAAAUUACUUACUCAGCGAUUUGUAAGGCAAUCCAAUACCAAUGCAGAAAAUGCCAAAGAAAUAGCAAAAAAACUUACUUCUAAUUAUUUCAGAAGACAUUCACUAGUUACGUCUGCUGAAGAUGUGUCUGAUAUGGAGACGUGAAUCAAGGCGAUAUUUUUUCAAUAGCUUCUGAAAUACUAACCAAAAAAUACUCCUCCUUUUCCUCCUCCAUUUCAACUUACCCCUUCUCUCUCAACAGUGCCUCCCUUUUUAACACCUCUUUGUAUCUUACUUUAAGGAACCUUUUCUCUUAUUCUACCAAAACAUAACUACCAUUGUAUAAUAACUUCUCUCACAUCUAGGCUGGGACUUCACCUUCAAUUACUGGUAUCCAACAGAUAUAUAUAUAUAUAUAUAUAUAUAUGUAUGUAUAUAUAAACACACACAUACACACACACACACACACUUACAUAGGUAUUUUAAGCAGCUACCAGUCUGUUCAGUAAAAUCUCCUUUUCUCCUUUAUCAAAAGAUCUUUCAUUCUUAGUCACUCAUUAUGUUGUGUUCUUUUGCCCUAACCUGUUAUCUCAAAUGGACCCUGCUCUUCUCAAUGCCAGUACUCUACUCUUCUCAAUGCCAGUACUCUACUUCUAUUUUUUUUUUUUUAACCCAUCUAUUGUGCUCUACAUUUUCUUUUUCCUAUCAGACUUAAGUUCUUCAUCCCAGGAGGAACUUUCUUUUCUGUCUCCAUCUAUUCCUGCAAUGCAUGUCUUUAACAUUUCCAGUUUCCCACACACACACUCUCUCUCUCUCUCUCUUACACUUGCAUACGUACACCUACACUCACACACAGUCUUCUACAAGAUCUCUCUCUGGCUAUAGAUAAGUCCUUUCCUAUUCAGACUUAGAUAUUGUUGUUAUUGUUGUUGCAGGAUCAGUAGAAUGCUGAAUUUAGUUUUGUCGCUCUGUUAUCUGAGUUCAAACACUACCAGUGUUGAUUUUGCAUUGCAACCCUCUGAGUUCCAUAGAAAAAUAAAUAAAUAAAAAUAAUCUUUUCUAUCAUAGACACAAGUCCCAAAAUUUUGGAGGAGUUCAAUUAAUUAUAAUGAUUUCAAUACUUGUUUUGUUGACCCCCGCCAGUAAAGGAUGAAAAGCCAAGUUGACCUUAGCAGCCUUUUGAUAAAAUAGUGUCAAUAAAGUCCUAUGGUCAAUAAGUAUUGAAAAAAUUUCCUCCUCUCGCUGCAAUUUUGAGGUUAUUCAAUAUUGUCAACCUCAGAACUUGAUAUUUUAUUUUGAUUCCAAAAGGAUGAAAGACAAAGCUAAUUUCGCCAUGGUCAGCUUUGCUUUUCAUACUUUCAUGGCCAAUAAAAUAAAAUACAGACUGUCCUCAUUUAACGACCGAGUUACGUUCCAACAGCCCCGUCGUUAAGCAAAUUCGUCGUUAAACGAAUAUUCAUAGGGUACGUAUUUUUUUUUUAUAGGUAUAGUGUACUAUACGUACAUAUAAAAACAGAAUACCGUACUGUAUAAAGUAUAUGCAGUACAGGGCCAAGAAUCACUAACAUAAAUUGUUGAAAAAGGAAUAAGUAACAGUAAGAUUAUCACAAGGAAAACCUUAAAAGUUAGGAUAUGGAUACUGCAUUAUUGUAGCUCAGACAACGUAAGUAUGUUUGU